AUGAGUCAAGCGGAUACUAAUGUCAAGGAUGCUGACACGAAAGCUACCAUCCAGGAUUGGCGAGAGAACAUCACUGGUCCAUCCAAAGGGACCGAUACCGUACAAUCUGAUCACAGUGAGCCCUCUAACAUCUCUCAGCCAGAAGCAAGUCAUCAGAGACUAAUUGCAGAAGACGACUGGGACGCUCGAUCAUUGAAUGAGUCGACAUUCUCAUGGGGAGGUACCACCCAACGACCACCCACGGAAGCCGCUGCACCUUCCGUUUACCAAACUCAAUAUAAUUCUCAUAGCGGACCUGAAUACCGUACAGCCUCGUCUUCAGCUCCCCGGCAGGCGCAAUCUAGGAGUUACAGCGGAACAACGAUAAUGGGAGUCCCAGGAUGGCUAUUCUGUGGUGCACUAGUUUGUGGCUCUUGUGCCUCCGCCAUUAAGAAAGCGGGUACGGUCGCAGUGGGCUGCUGUUGUGUAGGGCCUUGCCGCUGUUUGGAUCACUGUUGUGGGUGUGGGAUCUGUGAGGAAUGUAACCCUCUGGGAUAG